UCCCGCGUGCUCACGCUCGUGCUGCAGUUCACGCGUGAAAGAAAGAACGGUUGACAUCAGGAAACAAACAAGCAGCGCUUUGCCUAAAAACAGGUAAAAAACCCACUGUUAUUCAUAACACGGCGGGAUGUUCUGCGGUUAGAAGCGACCGCACGUGUCUGCGCGACAGCGACGUUCAGUUUUCGUGCAGGUGUUGUUCUUUAUCGAUUUCCAAGCGAGGCCCGACCGUUCGAGAUCCGGUUUCGUGUUUCACGACGAAUAUUCAAAUCAACCGAUCUGAGGGAAAAACUCCGUCACAUGCGCUCAGGUAGAGGAACCCGUGGAAGAGCAGCCCACCGGACAUAAAUCAGUGUUGGUGUGUUAGACAGCACAGACGUGAGCAGCGUUAGCGUGUGUCUUCGUGGAUUUGUUGUAGAGUGUGUGUUUGGCUGUAGGUGCGGCUCAGAUGAGGUGCAUUGUGGGAAACGAACCUCUGUAAGCUCUCAUGCUGUGUUUUUGUGUUUUGUCAGGAUGUCAGACUCGGAAGAUUCGGAUCUGGAGGAAGGAGCAGAUGUGAUGCGACACCAAACCAAGAUCGUGAGUAGAAUUCAGAUGAUGGGGUCAGGCUGUGCGGAACACACUCAUGAUUCACAGUUUCUCUCUCAGAUUUAUCAGAACCAGUACCCUUACAUUCACAUGGAGCCGCUCGAUGUCAUAUUCGAGCGCUGGACCAAGAUAAAGCCGGAGGUGAAGAAGCACGUGGGUCAUCUGAUGCACGUGUCCGUGUUUUGGUGGCAUAUCCUCCUGAGACAGCAGGACAGUCACCCCACCACCUUCUGGGCCGUGGAGAUGGGCUUUCUGGACUCAAAUGUGUCGAAUGAUUUGAGUCUGAAGAGGCUUGAGAAGAUUGAGAUUCUGGAAAGCAUUCUGGAUGCCAUGGAGAGAGGCCUGUCACACCCGAACAUGGAGAGCAGAGCCCGAGCCGUGGUGUCCUUAAGCAGUUUGUUUUCUGCGUGGAGCGACUGUUUGCCUGAAGCCAUCGGUUGGCUGCGGGACUCUGGAGCUCCUGACAUCGGUAAGAAGCUGCUGGAUCUCGGAUCGGUGGAGAUGCGCUACCGGACGCUCUGCUUCGUCUUCAACGAGUAUUCCCGUUACCUUCAGGUGAUUUCAUGCAGUGUGAAGAAAGCCAUCGAGGAGCUGAAAUUGGAGCCGGACCGUUGGACAUUAACAAAAAGUGAAGAAAUGAAAAACAAAGGAAACGAGCAAUUUCAGAAGAAGAAAUAUGAUCUGGCGUUGAAGUGGUACACCAAAGCUAUUAAAUACCAUCCGAGCAACCACAUCCUGUACGGGAACAGAGCACUCUGCUACAUUCGCUCUGAGAAAUAUCUGAAAGCACUUGGAGACGGAAAGAGAGCCGUUAUAUUACAGCCAGACUGGGCCAAGGGUCAUUACCGCUUCUGUGACGCUCUCUUCUACCUGGGGGAGCAUCAGAAAGCUCUGACGGCCAACCGCCUGGCUCAGGAGGCGUGCCACGCAGACGCGGACGGACAGAAAGACCUGCUGCAGCAGUACGAGCGAUUCCAGACGGAGCUGCAGGAGAGCAAAGAGAUGAAGACCAAGAAAACUGAAACCAAAAAGAUUCCUUCUAAAAGCAGAUCACACGCGGCCGGCGAUUCUUCAGCUCAUCAUGUGAAAUCCAGUCGUCAGCCUGAAGCGACGCCUCAGUCUUCAGUCCCGGAGAGUUCGAAAUCUGAAAACUGGAAGGACCAGGAUGACAUUGCAGGGAAUUCAGGAGCUCGAGUGCACGCUGAAGGAAGAACUGACAGACUCAAAGACGUAAAGAGUGAAAUGAGUCCACGAAAGACUAAGAAAUCCUCGGCUGGUGUCCCAGAGAAGCCGACGGUCCGGAUCAAACUCGCACCCGUCCCAGACGGACCGAGCCAUCCGGUGGAGGACGAGAGCGAGGCGGGGAGGAAGGAGCGAUUCUGUGCCGUCGUUCAGGAGGCUCACGUGGCUUUAAGUGACCAGCGCUGCCGGAACGCACAGCAGUCCUUCUCUGUGGCGCUCAAGAUCCUGGAGUCCAGUGGGACCACGGAGCUGGGUUUGACAGAGCUGGAUAAAUCUGUGCUCAUGUAUGGAUAUGCAAUGGCCCUGCUGGAAAUCGGACAGCCUGAGGAGUUGGCUAAAGCUCAGCAGCUGUUGACCAAAUUAGAGUCAUCAGAGAGGAAGUUUCAGUUGCUGGUGCAUUAUGGGAGGGGCAGAGUUUACCUGAAGGAGAACAGAUUUACUAAAGCUCUGGAGUGUUUCACUAACGCACAGCUGAUGAUCCAGAGACACGUCACACCUGGAAAACUCACCUGGCCGACCACUAAAACUACAGUAGAGGAAACACAGCCAGACUGUUUACAGGAACAUCUGGAGAACUUUAUAGAGGCGUGUAAGUUUCCUCCUAAAGCAGACGCCGUCUGUCGGUAUCAACACUGCCUGUCUCAUACGGUGGAGAUCUUCUUCAGCGAUCCAGACUUUAAGGGCUUCAUCCAGUUGACCUGCUGUCAGAGCUGCAGAGUGGAGUUUCAUAUGAGCUGCUGGAAGAAGCUCAAAACGCUUUCGUUCUCCGAUAAGAACGACAAGGAUUUUCUAAGAGAUUCGUGUUUUACGCCAGACUGUGGAGGUCAGGUCUGUCACAUUGUAAUAUAUGGCUCGACAGGGCUGAUUAAGUGUGAGUUUAAAACAUCUAUUCCUAAAAUCAGACCUGCUGGGCGAUUGAGAAUCAAGCAGCAAUGUACAAGUAUUAAGAAGUUGAAGUCUAAAAAUGAGCGAAAGCUUCGACGGAAACAAAACAAGUUGGCGACACGUUCUGCCUGUCAAGACAAAAAGGAAGUAACGGCUGCAGAAGCCCUUAAAGACCCGGCGGCACAGAGAGAGCCGCCCAAAGACACUAUUUAUAUGGACCGUGUUUUACAUCAAAUUCAUGAUAACAAAGGACUUUUUAAAGAAGAGUCGGUGAAUAUUUCUUGCUUUUUGGAGCGUCUGCGACCGUGGCUGGAUUUAUUUGAGAGUAAAGGACAUGAGAGUGUGUUAAACAGCCAUAGAGACUCUGGACCGCUGUCGGAGCACGUGGAUCUUCUGCUGGAAUCUAAAAACAGGGUCUGGGCUCGAGUCUUUAUCGAAACGCUUGCUUCUACGCUUCAUAUUCAACCCAAACUGCAGCAUUGGGCUCAGCAGCUUGAUAACGCUGGUCUGAAAGCCGCGGAGUCAUUCAUCAAUCGUUAUAGCUCUCAUCUGGAGGAGUUGGACCUGAAACCUCUGCUCACGUUCACACCGCUGCAGGAGACGCUCAUCGAGAAAUUCGGCACCGUUCCGGAAUUAUUUGACAGUGGCGGUUUAACUGUAAUGGAGUAUUUAAGACAGGCUCCAGCUAAAGAAAUGCGUCUGUUUAUUUGGACUCUAGAGUCGAAUCGAGAGCGCUAUCAGUCCUGUCACCCCAUUCUCGAUCAAUAUUUUGAAGAUGAUGCUGUUUGUUUAGUCAUUAAAAAGAUGGAUGAUGACGAGCACUUGAGUUCAGUAUUUAAGAGUAAAAACAGGCAUCGCAAGAAGAAGCAGAAGGAGUUUAAGUCUGUUAUUAUGCUUUCUGGAAUGGGAGGAGGACAUUCGAGGGAUGAAGAUGAGGAAGAUGAGCUGUUCACUGAGGAAGACUCUUUGAUGUUCCUGCAUGCCAUGGAUCCGUUCAGCGUUCCCGAACACCUGCGAGGGCAGCUGGUGGAGUUUGAGGAGCAGUACGCUGUAUCGGCACACCGGAGUCAUUACGAGAGGAUCCUGGACAAUAACCCCGACCCCACUAAAGAGAGUUUGUAUGAUUAUUUUGCUCAGAUUCUGGAGGAGCACGGCCCGCUGUGCGCCUCGGACCCGCUGAUGGUGGGAGAGCUGGAGAACUUCCCUCCGGAGGCGCAGCAGAAGAUCGCAGACGCCGGAGGACUCAAGGACUUCCUGCUGGAGUCUCUGCGCUUCGUCAUGACGGACGAGCUGAUCGGCCUGAUGAAGCACGCCGUGUCUCUGACCGACACCCGACCGUCGCACCUCAACCCCUCCGCUAAAGAGUUCUGGCCGCAUGCGGACGCUCUGUCACAAAUCAGCUUUGUUUCUUAUGAGAGUAAAGAUGAGUCCGGAGACUCGGAUCAGUUCCUGCUUCUCCCCGACCCGUAUGACUUAGACUACGAGUGUUUAGCAGCAGAUAUACUGGCAGACGCGUCUGCGUCUGAGGAGAGAGAGGAUAAAUACACGGCCGUGUGUGCGCGGGAUUUGGGAGAGCAUACAGACGUUUCCAUCAACACAGAGCCGUGCGUGCCCUUCGAGAGAAACAACGGCGACAUGCUGCAGAAAGAGAAGCAGAACCUGCAGCUGUUAAAGGAGAUCCAGCAGAUGAAGGACGAUCAUGAAGUCGUCCAGCAGGAGAGAGCCGAGGAAAUAUCAGUGCUUCAGGAGGAAACGGACAAGAUCACCAUGAGGAUGCAGAUCGCCAGCACCGAGCUCAGCAUGUUCCAGCAGAAACUAGAGGAGGAGGUCAAGAAAGACCAGCAGGAGAAGAAGGAGAACCAGGAGACGCUCAAGACGCUGAAGAUGGAGAUCAAAGAACUGGCAGAUUUAAAUGAAAGUUACACCAGAAAAAUCCGUGUGAAGAGUAAAGAGUAUCAGGCUGAACUGGAGCGAUUGCUGGACUUUGGUAAUCAGUGUGCGUCUGAGCGGUCGAAUCUCGAGGAGGAGAUCAAGCGUUUCAGAGACGCGUGUGUGAAGGCCCAGAGGAGAUCCACAUCAGCCCAGCUGUGUGUCCUGCAGAACAGACGUGAACACGCGCUGCGGCGGCUGAGGAUGAGCGUGUCUGAGGGGAAGAUGGUGGUCAAACACCUGAUGGAGGCAUCGCCCAGUUUCCCCUCCGCCGUGCUGAUGUCAGCCAUUGACGACUGGAAGAGACACGUGUGUGACGCCGAAGACAAAAUCAACAGGACUCAGAUGGAGUUUGAGGCUCAGAUGGAUCAGGUGAAGAAGGGCACCAGAUUGUGUUCACUGCCUGAUAUCUGUGUUCCCAGCGUCCCCACAGUACCCGCUCUACCGGCCAUACUUCCUCCUCCGGUUCCUCAGCCACCCACCUCUCACUUCUACGGUCCGCACAGGUCACUUCCUCCCACCCGCACUGCCACGCCCACAGGACGCGGCACACCGCAGCCCACAGACAGACUUCCUGAAGAGCCUGUGAGCCAUCGGCCUUCAGCACCACAGCACCUUACUGUGUACGACAGGAUCCUGGAGCGACUGCACAUGAUGUUCCCUCAUUACAACAGACUGGUGCUGAAUAGGUUCAUCCAGGAAGUUCGCUCGUCCAGCGGAGGCGCUCUCAACGCGCUGACCUACGAUGAGGUCAUCAACCGAGUGGCUCAGCUCAUCCUGGACCAUCAGGAGAACGCGCGUGAGCGGAUGAACAUCACAGGUGGAGACGCUCCGGGUCACACGACGACUCCGUCUGAUGCUGUCAGAGCGACCGGGACGCCGCCGCUCACACACGCGUGGAAGAGAAACACGUCGGAGAAACAUCGCAACACGGCGCUGGCGCUGAACAUGGAGGAUCCGUGCAUCAUCUGUCACGAGGACAUGAGUCCAGAGGAAGUGUGUGUCCUCGAGUGCCGCCACAGCUUCCACAGAGAGUGCAUCAAGUCGUGGCUGAAGGAGCAGAGCACCUGUCCCACCUGUCGGGAGCACGCGCUCUUACCGGAGGACUUUCCCAUGCUGCCCGGCAGACAGCGCAAGAGCCACGCGCCCGCCGCCGCCUUCAACUGAUCCACUGGACCAGCCGUAUGUUCAUCUGCACGUAUCAGACGUCAGUCUCCUCGCUGAGCUCAUGUAAUCACACACUCACAGUAUAACGUUUGUUUCGGUUUGGGGAAACUCUACGGACCAAUCGCUCAUGUUUACUUUCGGGGCACAUCUGUGUUUUUCAUUCCUGUAAUAAAGUUCAUGCACGUGAACUGUUUUUACUCA